AUGCUAAUGGCUGUUGUUGUUUAUCUUUAUACAGUGAUUGUAUUUUAUUUUUUUUGUAAAUUUUAUACAAAAGAAGAAGAUGAAGAACGAGAAGAAAAUUGUAAAGAUAUGUUUACUUGUUUUAAAUUUCAUCUAUAUUCGGGUAUUCGAGCUGGUGGUGGUAUUGGUGAUGUACUUGAAUCACCUAAUGGUGAUCCACUUGAAUUAUAUCGAGUUGUUUUUGAUAUAACAUUUUUUUUCUUUAUUAUUGUCAUUCUUCUUGCUAUUAUUCAAGGUUUAAUUAUUGAUGCUUUUGAUGAUCUUUGUGAACAACUUGAUUCAGUGAAAGAAACACUCAAAUCAAAAUAUUUCAUUUGUGGAAUUGAUCAAGAUUAUUUUGAUAAAGAAUCGCAUGGUUUUGAAACUCAUACACAAGCAGAACAUAAUUUUGCCAAUUAUAUGUUCUUUUUAACACAUCUUCUUAAUAAACCUGAUACAGAACAUACAGGACAGGUGAUGUUGUUGUUAUUUGAUAAAAUUUUAAGUUAA